GCGGAGCGCUCGUGACUCUUGCGCAUUGUCUAAACCUAAGGAAUAUUAAAUGCAGGCUUUUUACACAAGAGAGAGAGUGUGGAAAACAACCCGAGGAAACAAACUACUUUGCCAGCACAUUUUUUAUUUCAACCCCACUUCAACUUCAGUGUGGAUAGUUGUGUGAGAGAUUUCCUCCGGGUUCCAGGUAAAGUGUCAACAUGGAGACGUCAGGGUGGAAGAGGACGAUUCUCCUGUGCGCUUUCCUCGCGAGCCAAACGACCCUGACACAGACAAAGACGGUGAAGUAUCAGACGUUUGAAGAGGACGCGCCGGGGACGGUGAUCGGAAACUUGGCCAAGGACAUCUCCUCCGCCUCCUCGGCUUCCCCGCAUGCCUCCUCGUCGGGCUCCAAGACCAAUUUCCGAAUGAUGAAACAGUUCAACUCCACGUUCAUCCGCCUGCGGGAGAGCGACGGUCAGCUGGCCAUCGGCGAGAGGAUCGACCGCGAGAGGAUCUGCAAACACACCCUGCGGUGCGCGAUCGCCUUUGACGUGGUGAGCUUCUCCAAGGAGCAGUUCAAACUCGUGCACGUCGAGGUGGAGGUCAAGGACAUCAACGACAACUCCCCCGAGUUCCCCCGGAAAGAGUCGAGCCUGGACGUCUCGGAGAACACGGCGGUGGGCACGCGGAUCCCGCUGGACUUUGCCGUGGACGAGGACGUGGGGGUGAACUACAUCCAGAGCUACCAGAUCUCCGUCAACAGCCACUUCUCCAUCGACGUGCUCAGCAGAGCCGACGGGGUUAAAUAUGCGGAGCUCGUGCUCAUGAAGGAGUUGGACCGCGAGACUCAGUCUACUUUCGCGUUGGACCUGGUGGCUAUGGACGGUGGCAACCCGUCCCGCUCGGGCACCACGCGCAUACACGUCAAGGUGAAAGACUACAACGACAACAGUCCCGUGUUCGACCGGAGCAGCUUCUCCGUGGACCUGCCCGAGGACGCCCCCGUGGGCUUCCUGCUGCUGGACCUGAACGCGGAGGACCCGGACGAGGGACUGAACGGAGAGGUGGUGUACGGGUUCGGCCACCAGGUGCCGGCCGAGAUAAGACAACUUUUCAGAGUGGACCGGAAGACCGGCCGCCUCACGCUCGAGAGCCCCAUCGACUUCGAAAGUAAGAACACGUACGAGUUCGACGUGCAGGCGAGCGACCUGGGUCCGAACCCCAGCCCGGCCAUAUGUAAGAUCGUAGUGCAGGUGCAGGACGUGAAUGACAACGCGCCAGAGAUCUCCAUUACCCCCAUGACCUCCAUCACAGCGGGCAUCGCGUACAUAACGGAGGCGGCGGCGCGAGAGAGUUUCGUGGCGCUGGUCAGCACCUCGGACAGGGACUCGGGCGCCAACGGCCAGGUGCACUGCACCCUGUACGGCCACGACCACUUCCGGCUCCAGCAGGCGUACGAGGACAGCUUCAUGAUCGUGAGCACGAACCCGCUGGACCGAGAGAAGAUCCCCGAGUACAACUUGACGGUGGUGGCGGAGGACCUGGGCUCCCCGCCGUUCAGGACCAUUACGCAGUACACCAUCCGGCUUUCAGACGAGAACGACAACGCGCCCGCAUUCAGCAAGCCCGUGUACGAGGUGGCCGUGGUGGAGAACAACGCGCCCGGCGCCUACAUCAGCACGGUGGUUGCGCGGGACCUGGACCUUGGGCAGAACGGAAAGGUCACCUACAAGCUGGCGGACACCUACUUAAUGGGCUCCCCCAUCUCCACCUUCGUGUCCCUGGACCCCGCCAGUGGCUCGCUUUACGCGCUGCGGAGCUUCAACUACGAGGUGAUGAAGCAGUUGGAGCUCCGCGUCACGGCCAGCGAUGGGGGGUCCCCGCCGCUGACCAGCAGCGCCAACGUCUACGUCAGGAUCGUGGACCAGAACGACAACUCGCCGGUGGUCGUGCACCCGGCCCUUCACAACGGUUCGGCCGAAGUUCUGCUGCCACGGGACGCGCCGACUGGCUACGUCAUCACACGCGUGGAGGCGCGAGACUCGGAUGAGGGCGUGAACUCAGAGUUGUCCUUCGGCCUGGCGACCGGUGAGGCGUCCGUGUUCUCCGUGAACAAAGUCACGGGGGACGUGUACCUCAACCAGGCGCUGAGCCACGAGGUGGACGAGACGCUGAGCGUGACCGUCACCGUGAGCGACAACGGGCGGCCCGCGCUUACCUCCACGGCCACGCUCCACUUCCUCGUGAUCGCGGGCGCCCCGCCGAGCGACCGGACCGUGUACCACCAGACCAACAGCGGCGACGAGGUGCACGCGCAGUGGGACCUGUCGGUGGUGAUCAUCGUCGUGCUCGCGGGGAGCUGCACGCUCCUACUGCUCGCGAUCAUCCUCAUCGCGACCACCUGCAACCGCCGCAAGCGAGACAAGAGCGGAGAGGACAGCGACUCGUACGCGGAGAAGGGCACGCUCGAGAGGAGCCGGAACCUCGCGGACAACCCGCUGCUGCCGCUCCACGGGUCGGGCGUGGUGGGGGGCUUCGACACACACUCGUACACCAGUCAGGCCGGCGGGUUCAACUCGACCCACCCUGGUGGGGGCGACAUGUGCUCGGCCUCUGAGGACGGCAGCGAGGUGCCCUGCGUGUACGAGUCGGACACCAAGCUUAGAGGGAAUAAACUUGAGGGAUAUUCCACUCUGCCUGGCUACGGGAAUAGCAAGGAGGCGGUGAGACCCAUCACUAUCUGGAAGGGCAACUCGUACACCACCAUAUCGGCCCGGGACCCCGUGUUCAGCGGCAAGGACAGCGGGAAGGGCGACAGCGACUUCAACGACAGCGACAGUGACGUCAGCGGUGACACCGGCCGACACAAAGAAGUCCCGAUGGUUCCACCAAUGGGCGGCCAGAACGGCCUGUGGGCGUGCACCAGCGAGUGUAAGAUUCUGGGCCACUCGGACCGCUGCUGGAGCCCGUCGGCCGUGCGGGCCCACCCCCCCAUGCCCCCCCCCUCGCCGGCCAGGUCCCCGGCCCCGCCCCCUCCCCCGCCCUGCCCCCCCGCCCUGUCCUCCUUCGCCAGCCUGCCCAAGACGGCCUCGCUGCCCCGGGACCCCCAGCGCCGGGACCACUACUACCAGGCCCACCUGCCCAAGACCCUGGGCCUGCAGAGCGUGUACGAGAAGGUGCUGCACACCGAGUACGACUACGUGCUGGUGACCCCGCCCCUCGCCGGCCCCGGGGCCGCGGGGGGGGCGGCGGGGCCCGCGGCGGGGGCGCGCGUCACGCAGGAGAUCACUGACAUCAGCAUCCCGGUGUACACGCCCACCCCGCCGCCACGCUGCCCCGCUGCUGAGGACGUCUAA